AUGAGCGGCUACUACGGCAACUACUUCGGCGGCUGCGGCCUCGGCGGCCUGGGCUGGGGCUACGGCGGUCUGGGCUGCGGCUACGGCUGCGGCGGCUACCGGGGCCUGGGCUGGGGCUACGGCUUCCCCUAUGGCUACGGCUGCGGCUUCGGCCGUGGAUACGGAUUCGGCUGCUACCGCCCCUCCUGCUUCGGGAGCUACUGGUCAUCUGGCUUCUACUGA